CAUACAACAGUGGACUUUGCCGAGAAGUGGGAACAAGACUGAAGUAAUUAGGUUAUGUAUCAUACAGAAUGACUACAACAAUGGAUAUUCAUGAUGAAUAUAUCUUGUAUAUAACACCAGAAAAGUUUUACAUCGAAGCAACCAACAGCAAUGAACUGCUUGUCAUCGACAGGGUCAGCCAAGAUAUGCUCCUGCAAGGAAAACAUGUUCAGAUCCCGCAAUCAUCUAGUAGCAAACCAAUUUGUGGUAUCGUUGGUAUAAUCCGUCUAAUAGCAGGUCCUUACCUGAUUGUAGUGACACGGAAAUGGAAAGUUGGUACUAUCAAUAACCAAGACAUAUGGCGUAUUGAUGAAUGUGAAGUCAUUCCAUUUUCACGCACUCUUCUGCAUUUGACUGAAAAACAGACAGCAGAGAAUCAGCAAUAUGUCUCGAUGGUGGAUCAUGUUCUCAAAACACCACAUCUGUACUUCUCAUACUCAUACGACCUUACACACACACUCCAAAGGUUACACAACACAACACCAGAAUUUCUUCAGAUGCCACUUCAUGAGCGUGCUGAUCCUAGGUUUGUCUGGAACAGCAACCUUUUACGAGAAAUGGCAACACGUCAAGAACUACAUCGCUUUUGCUUGCCAAUAGUUCAUGGCUUCAUUUCCGUCAACCAUUGUUCUCUGAAUGGCAAACCAUUUCUGUGGACCUUAGUGUCUCGCCGCAGUUGCUAUCGUGCGGGGACACGGCUCUUCACACGUGGAGUUGAUUUCCAGGGCAGUGUUGCAAAUUUUGUUGAGACAGAGCAGAUAAUUGAAUAUGGAGGUGACCGUAGUUCCUUUGUACAGAUAAGGGGGAGCAUUCCCCUCUUCUGGACUCAGUUACCAAACUUAAAAUAUAAACCAAGGCCUCGACUUGUGCCCACUGAGAACCAUGCAGAAGCCUUUGCGCGCCAUAUCGAGACUCAGGUGUUCAAUUAUGGUCGUAUUGUCCUUGUCAAUCUGAUCGACCAUAGAGGAGCAGAGGAUGUUUUGGAGAAAGCAUUUCGUGAACAUGUCACAAGACUUGGAAAUUCAAAUGUUAGGUACGAAGCAUUCGACUUCCAUGCAGAGUGCCGUGCACUUCGCUGGGACCGUCUCAGCAUUCUGCUGGAUCGACUGUCUCAUGAACAAGAUGAAUUUGGAGUUUUUCUCCUGACUCGUGAUGGAACCUUGGUGUCACAACAGGAUGGUGUUUUUCGCACUAACUGUGUUGACUGCCUGGACAGAACAAAUGUAGUGCAGAGCAUGCUUGCACGUCGCUCACUUACACAAGUAUUGCAGAAGCUCGGCCUCCUACAACAAAGUCAGGCUGUUCAACAGCAACCACUCCUCGAGUACCUCUUCAAGCAGGUGUGGGCCGACAAUGCAGAUGUCCUCAGUAUACAGUAUUCGGGGACUGGUGCUCUGAAGACUGAUUUCACACGUACUGGAAAAAGGACUCGCAUUGGUCUUCUGCGAGAUCUUGUCAAUUCUCUAACCCGCUACUGCAAGAACAAUUUUGCUGAUGGUUUCAGGCAGGAUGCCAUUGACUUGUUUUUGGGUCGCUAUCAAGUACAGGAUGGUGAGGGUGCUGCUCAGCCAUGUCCUCUGGAGACUGAAAAGGGAUGGAAAUACAUCACUUUCCCAGUAGUACUGAUGGUGGCAAUAGCAAUGUUCUUUGCAAACAUUAUAACGCCAACGGAAUAUAACACAGAGAGUCUUCUGUACUUACUGUUCUGGGCAUCAAUGGUAUCUGUGACCUCAAUGAUAAUUAUGAUAUAUGGCACUGAGUUUGUGGAUUAUCCAAAGCUGUGUGAACUCAGAGGAUCCUCAGCGCUUUCUUUAGAAUAGCAGUAGAUAAUUCUAUUGCUAAUUCCAGUUAUUCUUGUCACUCCUAAGUACCAUUUCCAUAACAGUGAUAGAUUCUAGUAAACAUAUUUUUUGUUGUA